GAUAGUCAUGUUUCAUGCCAUAACGACUGGGGUGGAGCUCGGCGGGAUUAAGUAUUAUCAAGAACAUAAAACGACGUCCUCUAAACGUUUAACCAAACGGCAAUAAAAAUGUGCGACACAACCAUUUAUCCCUCAAAAGCUAAUACGUUUUAUUAGUAGGAAAUAUGAUUCAGAUUUCGCACAAAAAAGGUGAUAUUCAAACGUUCACUCGUGGCCUCUUUAUAUCAGCAUUUAUUUGGUCCACAACCAAAUUCCACAAUACAAGUGUGUAAAGUAUUCUAUUACUAGAGUUACAUCAUGCAUUGAGCCGCAUUCAGUCGCUGACAUGGCUCCGAACAGCUGCAUGCCUGUUCCGCGCCACGGCACGCCGCUCCAUUGUUGUGCGGGAGCGAGAGGCUCGCGCCCAUUGUGAGCGCGAGCGAGACAACCACAGCGCCAGAGGAGGGGCGCAGGCUGUGCUCGCCGCCCGCUGAUUGGCGCGCGCCAUGCCGCCCUAAAACCCCACCCCCCGCGCUCCGAUACCCACAAGGCCCCGGUACAGACUCGCCAGUCUAUCGUCCGUCUUCGACGCGACACAAUCACCUCCUCGUCUGUGCUCAUUCACCGCAUUGUGCCAUACAACACUAUAGAGCUAAUGCUCUAACAGAACUUACGACUUAGUAAUUAAAGUUCAAUCAUUAUGUCGACAUUGAGUCAUCACCCUUACGCGUUCUCGAUGCACCCGGGCAUGCUGCCGGAGUACCCCAGCGUGCCACAGCCGCUGCCGGCCACCUCGCCGCAGUCCGAGGGACACAUCAAGAGACCCAUGAAUGCGUUCAUGGUGUGGUCGAGGCUGCAGAGGCGUCAAAUCGCCAAGGAUAACCCAAAGAUGCACAAUUCUGAGAUCUCGAAGAGACUCGGUGCAGAGUGGAAGUUGCUGUCAGAGAUGCAGAAACGGCCGUUCAUCGACGAAGCAAAGAGACUGCGUGCUCUACACAUGAAAGAGCACCCGGACUACAAGUACAGGCCGCGCAGGAAGCCCAAGCCCCCCACGUCUGGAGGAGCCCCCGGCGCCGGCGCCUUCGCCAGCUUCCCACUGCCGUACUUCGCAGGGCCGGCGCCCGGCGUGGGACACUUAGACGCGCUGUCAUACCCCGCCGUGCCGCCGUACUUCCCGCACCAGCUGGACCACCUGCAGUUCUCCAAGCUCAUGGCGCCGGCGGAGAAGCUGCCGACGGUGUCGUCGUCGGCGGCGGCCGUGGUGUCCUCGUUCUACUCGUCGCUGUACACGUCGCCGGCGGCGCCGCCGAAGCCCUUCCCCUCGUCGCUGUUCCCGCAGUACGGCGCGGCGCCGGGCUCGCCGGUCUCGCCGCAGCAGCACAGCCCGCACGACGACCAGCUGCGGCGGCCCGUCUCCGUCAUAUAUUGAAGACCAACCUGCCUGCCUUGAGGGAUGACCGUCCCUCGAGAGUCGGCAGCCCCGCAACAGACGGACCCAGCAGUUUAAGUGCUACAGACUGUGAACAACAUUCUAUGGACAUUAUUUAUUUUCUAGAGUUACAAUUGAUGAUGUUAAGUGCGUCUCAUAUCAAGUGGCUUGUAAAUAUGUUAAGGUAGGCCCGAGAUGGGGCGGAUUGAGUUUAACUGUGAUUUCUUUUGUUUUUGCGCCUAUAAAUAUUUAAGGUAAAGUAGCGCCGAAUCGUUAGAUAUGUGAAGUGAGAUUGGUACCAAAAAGAGAUUAUUUUCUAUAGGUGUCUCAUGUAGCUGAAUAGUUAAGUCGUGUAUUGUCAACCCUGAAUUUUGUUUUAGUAAUAACAUAACGACCGUUUGUUGAGUUGUUUGUUUCUUACCUGAGUCGUCAGGGUUGUCUCGCUUUACUUUAUCCAUGUAUAAUUUAUUUAUUCGUUCAAAGUGUAGUUGUAAAUUUAAGAACUAGUUGUCUUAAUAAUAAGUCAUUAGUAGGUACAUCUCAAAGUGUAUAUAAUAGUGUAUUAAUUGAAUUAUCGAUGUCAGUACCAACGAUGUAUUAUAGUAUUUGAGAAAAUAACUUUGUUAAAUGCCAUACAAAAUAAACACUAAAUUGUUUUUAUUUUACUUUAUCGUUUUAAUUGACACCCCUUAUAACGACGAAUGAAGAAAACCUGGAAAAGACAAAUGAAAGAGCAAUGACGAUGAUGAAUUGUCAAAAGAGGUUGGAUACCAAACUAUAGGCGCAUUUAUUUCUUCAAGUUUUCAAAUCCCGAAAAUAAAUGCUUCGUUUUCGGAUCAACAUUAAUUUAACCAGAAUAAUUUAUUUGAUCGCAUAACUUUGAUUAUUUAUUU